AUGGACAGAUCUAAUUUUAAAGUAUUAAGCCCAACAAGCCCUACAACAACAACAAAUUCAAUUUGUAACACUCCUCCUUUAACUUUUGGAUCUUCUACUUUUUCUUCUCGUAAUCAACAACGGCACUAA